CAACUUCUCAUUUUUCAUGUAUAUGUUUUGUGCUUCUGUGUAUUGUAUUUUGAAAACGUAAAGCACAUAACUGAAAUAUAUUGUUUGUAUUUGUAUUAUUUAUAAAACCGAUUUGUUGUAUCCAAAAAAUAUUUCAGAGCUGUGUGCUUUAUAGAAAACAUAAACCACCUUCAACUUUGGUCUGCUAAAAAUGGAUACUACAAUUUCUAUAAGAAUUAUUACUAUAGAUUAUUGCAUGUCAGCUCCAAUUUCUGGCUUGGAUGCUACAUAUUCAGAAUUCAGAGCAGCACCAGUGAGUCAAGUACCUAUAAUCCGUAUAUUUGGUUCAAAAUCAACAGGUGAAAAGAUUUGCCUGCAUGUACAUGGUGUAUUUCCGUACUUCUACAUACCUUAUGAUGGCACCGAGGAGCCGAACAGUUUAAUGUACAGAAUAGCAACUUCCAUUGAUAAAGCUCUAAAUUUGUCUUUUAAUCAGUCAUCUUCUACUAUUCAACAUGUGUAUAAAGUUUCAUUGGUAGCUGGAAUACCAAUGUAUGGCUACCAUAGGAAGAAGCACCAGUUUUUUAAAAUUUAUCUGUAUAACCCAGUAUUGAUAAAUAAAGUAAGUUCUUUGAUGUUCAAUGAGACUACUCUUGGAAAGAUUUAUCAGCCCCAUGAGACACAUUUAAAUUUCACUCUUCAGUUCAUGAUAGAUUACAAUCUCCAUGGUAUGAAUAACAUCAGUUUAUCAGAAGUCAGCUUUAGAGGCCAACCAGGGAACACCGUCCAACGUACAACGUCAUGCGAACUAGAGGCGGACGCCUAUUCGCGUCAUAUCCUCAACAGAGAAGAGGCAUGCGCCGGGAAAGUGACAGCCAAUCCCGGCAUCGCUGCUCUAUGGGCGGACGAACGGCAGCGAAGGCGGGACCAUGGUGGCCAAUCACAACUGGGGGCAUUCCUAGAGACUAGUCGAUGUGUUCCGCCUACCGCUAGUCACAGUGCAUUCAAGGAUGUGUUGCUGGAAAGGCUAUGCGUUUGGGUUACAGGGGUUGAUAAAGAGGAAGUAGGCGGAAAUGAUACUGUUUAUCCAGUCGAAACACCAGAUGGCGCUAACAUCCAACAAUCGUCAAUGAUAGAUUCAGACUUACCUCUAAGCACAGGUACAUCGUCCCUAAAUGAUAGCAGCAUCAAUGAUACUUUGCAAGCAAGUCAGUAUGAUAUUACCAUGGAUGAUGAUGCGUUAGAAAUGUUAAAGGUUCUGAAACAACUGGAGAGAAGUGUAGAGGAAGGAAAAGAGGAUGACUGCAUUCUAUCUCAAGUCAUGCAGGAGGAAGAAUAUGAUGAUGAAAAAGAGGUUGAUAUGACCUUACCUUUGGAAUCAGUUAUCACACCAACAAAUUCGCCAAGUCACUAUGUUUUCAGUGAUGAUGAUACAGAAAAUAUGGAUUUGGACACAACAUUAAUACCCCAGUUAGAUGGACAGUGCUUAGAUAGUGAUGAGGAAACCUUUGGUUUUCAGGAGGUUCCUACAGAAAGCAUCUUGCCGUUUCCUAAAGAAAAUAUUGGAACUGUCCAGAAAGAUUCUAAAAGAAGAAAGGAUACACAUAGAAGACGCGUCUGUACCAAAAGAAAUUUCGUCCCUAAAGCUAUGUACAUUAAAUUGAUAGACUGUAGAUGUGCUAACAAGAGUAUGCCACUUUUAGAUGAGAACUGUAAAUUUGAAGAUCCUAAAGAUAAAAGGACUGGACCGAAACCAUCACAUCUUGAGUUUAAACUCGACGAAGAAACUCAUCUGCAGACAAAAAUACCAAGUUUUAAUGAAGAUAAAGAAAUACUGAAUCCUCAUAAUGAUAUAUCAGAUAGUACAAGUAUUAGGAAGAAUCAAAUCAUAAAUUUGGACUUGAAUCGUAAUCUAGCGGAAAAAUCAAAAAAGAAAGGGAGACGGACGCCUGUAACAUUUGAUCUGACACCUACAGAAAUAGAAGUCAGAAGUUUUGAAAACCAAGUGAAAAGAAUUAAUCGACGAAAUCAUAUAAGGAUGUUGAUGACAAAAAUCCAUAGGAAGGAUAGGGCUAUAGCUUCGUUGGUGUCCAGCGGUUGUCAGCCAAAAUUCAAAGUGGUCCCAAAUAAUGAAAAAAUAAAAAAAUGCCAAUACCUUUCAUUAGAUGGCAUUAUUGAUAGCUCAGAUGACGAGAAUGACCAUGGACAGACAAAACCGAAACCGUCAUUUAGAAGAAUUAGAAGUGAUGAUAAUUUCAAAUAUUCGGCUUUACCCGUAUCGAUUAAUCAAACAUCUAAAAGCGAGAGAGCAGAGGGGGCUCGGGAUCAAGAACUCCUGCAAAAAUCAGAUAAACGGUUAUCGAAACCCGAAGAUGUCAGAAGAAAGCUCGAGUUCAAUUGCCUAAAUGGUAGUGGUGUACAUGAUACCCUUGUUGUAGAGCGGUUAGAUUGUAAAUAUUUACCAGCGCGCAGACAAAGCGUAAAAAUUAAACUUGCAGUUCCAGCUUCUGACCAAGCUAUUGGUGAUGGAAGCGCAGAAUCGGAUUCAAAUCAUGAGUAUUUUAGUCAUAUUCCUGAUGAUCGUGAUUCUGAGAUAAGAUGUGAUGCUAGUGAUAUUGGAGAAAGUGAGACAGAUCAUAAUUUUGGAAUUAGUAGUGACUUAGUGGAUUCAAGUUUUUCUGCAACCAGUGACGAUGAUACAUUGAAUACAUCUUUCUUUAGUAAACUACAAUCCGAGAAAACAGAAAAUAGCAAUAAAAUGGAAAUGGAUGUAAAGACGAAAGAUGAGAGGAUCGCUCAUAAGAUGUCGGUAGCUACCAGAUACGACACAGAAACUAACUACAAAGCUAAGGAAGGCUGCUCUACGGUUUUUACCCCACCGAUUUCGCAGAAAUCCACACAAUCAUCUGAUGAUUCAAAAUUAAGUAUUCUGACUCCUUAUCAAGCACCAGUCUUUACAGCAGAUGAUGGACAUUCAUCUGAGCUAUUCUCCUCAGAGCAUAGUCAGAAAGUCACUAUCUAUGAACCAUAUAAAAAAGCACCAAACAGAAAGGAAGUAUUGGAUUCUUUAGAUUCUCUUAAAAUACCUCACAUCAAGUAUGAACAGCCUUAUUAUAGUAACUGGGAAGAUGUUACUGGAAGUGUAGACGUAGGAUACAACGUAUUAAUGAUAAAAAGUAAACGUACUAUUCAUCUAUCAGAAUUCGAAUCACAAACUGACGCACUGAAUACUUUUAGAGGAUACAGGUUAGGCGAUCAGCUGCAGAAGAAAACAGACAUGAAUAAAGUGCUUUUGAGUUAUUGUAGACCUGGUGAUAUAAUAGUUACUCCUGUAAGAAAACCACCGACUUGCAAAUUGGUAGUAGAUUCUAUGAAAGAGAAGGACGAAGUUAAACGCUCUAUUGUUAAACAUAAACCAGAAAAAAUGAAAUUACAUGUGCCUUUAAGUCCAGGUGAUCAUUUAGAGUUAGACUUGUCUUUGACUCUGACCCCAUAUUCUUCCGCAAAAACUACGCAGUCAAGUCCCAAUCAGAGUCGUGAAGGAUCUUCUAGCCCCUCUUUUGGCAAUGUUUGUAAAAGAAGAAAAUCGGAAAUAAGAGAAAAAUUGUUAGGAAAAUCCUUGUUAAGUGACAACUCUCAACAUGGUCGAUCCUGUGAGAUUACUGGUUUAACAGGAAGUGAUAACUUAGACUUUGAUAAAUCUGUAGAGAAUCUGAAAGGUGCCAGAGCAGUUUUAGAACAUCAAAAUCUAACUCUUAUGGUUAUGGAGGUACAUGUCGAGAGCAGAGGAGAUUUGAGACCAGAUCCUGCGUAUGAUCCUAUAAAAGCUAUAUUUUACUCGAUUUCAAAUGAUGUACCUGAAAAUAGUAGCAAAGUAACUAAAUGUAGAGGAGCAAUGGUUGUUAAUGCUUUGCCUGUAUGUUCUAUCACUGAUCAAUAUCAUCUUUUGGAUGGUAUUUGUAUAGACUGUGAUAUUACUUAUGUAUGUAGCGAAAAAGAACUCUUAGAGAAAUUUAUGAAAUUUGUAGAGAAAUGUGAUCCUGAUAUUGUAGCUGGCUAUGAAAUACAAAUGUUGUCCUGGGGCUACCUUAUCGAUAGAGGGAACACUAUAGGAAUCAAUAUGAUAUCUGAACUAGGUAGGAGCAAAUCCGGUCAUUUAAUCCGCAAAGAAGACCAAUCCUCAAAAGACCUUAAACUUAUAGGUAGAAUAGUAUUGGAUAUUUGGAGGAUAAUGAGACACGAGAUAGCAAUUCAAAGUUACACUUUCGAAUCUAUAGUCUAUCAUAUUCUGCAAAAACGAGUGCCUUACUACUCAUUCAAAGACCUCACAUUUUGGUGGUCUCAUAGGUCGAAUCUAUACAGACAUAGAACGGCAUCUUAUUAUUUUUAUAGAGUUGCUACUAUUUUGGAUCUAUUUGAUAAACUGGACUUGAUUGGAAGAACUAGUGAGUUGGCUAGGCUCUUCGGUAUUCAAUUCUACGAAGUUUUGUCAAGAGGAUCUCAAUUCAGAGUAGAAUCUAUGAUGCUACGGCUUGCGAAACCGUUAAAUUUCAUAGCAGUGUCGCCUAGUGUUCAACAAAGAUCUCAAAUGCAGGCUCCAGAGUACAUACCGCUUAUUUUGGAGCCAGAAUCGAAGAUGUAUAAUGAUCCAGUAAUCGUUUUAGAUUUCCAAAGUUUAUAUCCUUCAAUAAUAAUUGCAUACAACUACUGUUUCACAACUUGUUUAGGGAAGGUGAAAUGUCUAGGUAGAAAUACGACAUUCAAGUUCGGAGCAACACAACUGAAAGUAUCUAGAGCUAGACUUGAAAAGUUACUCAAAAAAGAUUUGUUGAACUUUUCCCCAGGUGGCGUGGCAUUUGUUAAGAAAGAAGUUAGGGACGGUAUAAUGCCUAGGAUGCUGAGAGAAAUAUUAGAUACGAGGUUAAUGGUGAAGAAUUCUAUGAAAGAAAACAAAGACGAUUGCGUUUUACAGAAGGUUUUGCAUAAUAGGCAGCUAGGAUUGAAAUUGAUAGCUAAUGUAACAUAUGGUUACACGGCAGCUAAUUUUAGCGGCAGAAUGCCUGCUGUAGAGCUUGGUGAUAGUGUAGUUAGUAAAGGAAGGGAAACCUUACAAAGAGCUAUCGAUUUGGUGGAAAGUACUCCCGAGUGGGGUGCGAAAGUAGUAUAUGGUGACACUGACUCUCUGUUUGUAUGUGUCCCUGGCAGGUCUAAAGAACAUGCAUUUGAAGUUGGAGCUCUUAUAGCUGAAGCUGUCACUAAUUCGAACCCUGAUCCAGUAAAGUUAAAACUCGAAAAGGUAUAUCAACCGUGCAUUUUACAAACCAAAAAGAGAUAUGCUGGCUAUAUGUACGAGUGCCCUGACCAAGAAGAACCCAUUUUUGAAGCAAAAGGUGUAGAAACCGUUAGACGUGAUGGGUGUCCAGCUGUUAGCAAGAUGCUAGAAAAAUGUCUGCGUAUCUUAUUUGAUACGAAAGACGUGAGUUUGGUGAAAAAAUACGCAAUGAGACAGUUCAGCAAGAUUCUUGCUGGUCGAGUUAGUAUCCAGGAUCUCACCUUUGCUAAAGAAUACAGGGGAUCAAGAGGUUAUGCCCAUAGUGCCUGCGUACCUGCCUUAGAACUAGCAAGGAAGUGGUGUACUACAGACAGAAGACGUGAACCUAGAAGCGGUGAACGUGUGCCUUACGUUGUAGUGAAUGGUCCUCCUGGUCUACCCGUCAUCAAAUUAGUACACAGUCCUAGAGAUCUGUUGAACGAUCCAUCACUUAGGCCAAAUGCUCAAUAUUACAUUACUAGAGCAAUAAUUCCACCCUUGAACAGAUGUUUCCAACUUAUUGGAGCAGAUGUUUCCGAAUGGUUUCGUAACAUGCCUAGAAAACAGACUCAGUAUUUACUAAAUUCAGUAUCGCCAGGAAAGAAGAGCACGAUAUCUCAAUACUUUUCCACAACAAGCUGCGUGGUUUGUGGAGAACAGACACAAACUGCAAUUUGUGAAAAAUGCACCAAGAAACCUCAACUCACAAUGGUGACUUUGAUGGAAAAAAUGAGACACUGGGAACAAUAUCACCAGAAUGUUGACCUCAUUUGCCAAACUUGUACCUUAAGGCAAACCGAGAUAAAAUGCAUUUCAAUGGACUGCCCUGUGUAUUACCGAAGGAUUCAAACAGGGCGUGAUGUACAACAGACUGAAUGGUUACGGAGUCAACUAUCGUUAUGUGAUUUUUAAGGGUCUGUUUUAUGGACAUGCUUUGAGGGCUGAGUGACAUUUAUUUUGUUGUUUUAAAAAACUAAAAUGCAAAGUUCUCAGAUAGUAUUUUGCACUUCAUAAUCCAAACGACGGUUAUAAUGGGUGAUUCAUUUAUAGGUACUUUUUUCAGCAACAAAAUAAAAUCACAAAAUUCUUUUUUCUUGUCAAAUCUUUUUUAUUAAAGAAAAUACCAAUGAUUCCACCGACCCAUAAACCACACCAAACCGUUGUUUUCGCUGGAUAUAAUGGCAGCUCUUGAUCCACUCCGGGUAGUUCUUCACCCCAAAUACGACAGUUUUGUUUAUUAACGUAGCCGUUAAGCCAAAAAUGGGCCUCAUCGCUAAACAAAAUUUUGCUCGAAAACAUCGAAUCUUCUUCAAGCCGUGCAAGAGCCCAAAGACUGAAACGAUGACGUUUUGGAAGGUCGGCCGGCUUCAAUUAUUGAACGAGUUAAAUUUUGUAUGGUUUCAAAUUAAGAUUCUUACGUAAAAUACGCCAAGUUGUUGAAUACGACAAGCCAAGCUCUUGAGAACGGCGCCGAAUCGAUUCUUCACGGUCCUCACGUAUACUUUCAGCUACCGCAGCCAUAUUUUCUUCACUGCGUGCUGGAUAUGGUCUAUUUGGUCGGGUAUUAUCCAAUAAUGAAAAUUGGGUUUCAAAUUUUUCGACCGUACGACGAAUUGUGCGUUCGGUGGGCCGAUUAUGUACACCAUAAGUGCACGAAACACACUUCUCGCAGAACGUUGAUUUUCGUAGUACAGCUGAAUUAUUUGUAGACGCGGUGCUGGACUAAGUCUUUCCAUGAUGAAAUCUCGAACAAUACUGAAACAGAAAAUGUCAAAUUAGUUGUCAUGACGCAUGCGCCAUAAGCAAUUACAGCCACACCAAAAAAGUACCUCUAAAUGAAUCACCCGUUAUUUCCCUAGCGGGUUAAAAAAUCGUUCUACCUACCUUUGCUUGAUAUUCUUCCAAAAUUGUUUGAGUUUUUGUUUGUAUUUUCAGUGAACAUUUUUACUGCCUACGCCUACUGGCGGAGAGGUAUUGUAAUCGUGAAAAAUUUGGAAAAUGAAAAGAAAUCAUGAUCAUAUUGUCUAAAGUAGAAAAGAUAUAUGGAAUCAAAUAGCUGUCGAUAUUAAUUUUGCUUCUACUGAAAAUUUGUAUAAAAUCAGUUACGCCUGUUUGCGGUAUAGGCGACGAUAUUUCAUGCAUCAUUCACCCUUAAAACUGGACUGCGCUGUGCAUAUGUUGAAGGGCAAUAUCGUCAUUCACGCGGGAUUAGCCAUCACAACCAUCAUGUGCGCCUGCAGCAAUUCCUCUCGGAGGGAGGAGGAAGGUCAUUUAAUUUUUUGUCGUACAUGUUCAUAGCUAAUUUUGUCUCAGAAUUGCUAACUUCUGCCAAAAAUAAUGCUUUACGAACUAAUUAAACCGUCGCGUGGGAACUACAGACUCAACUUACUUGACGCCAUUUUUUCACAAGGUGACAUUAUACCUUUUUUUUGCCAUAUAGAUUUUUUACGUAAUACUACUGCCGGUGUCUACAAAAACAGAGUUGGAUGUAGUACUGGUUGCCUGUGUGUACAUUUUACUGAUGCCUAUUUCGAAAUAAACUCGAGAAAGUAAAUACAUACAGAUGAAGCCAGCAAAGAAAAAUAUUUCUGACAUUGAUGACAGCCUGUGAUAUCUGCUACAGCCUACUGUGAAAUGCAAAGGUUAAAUCCUCUCUUGAACGUCCUUCGGGGUUAUUAUUGCAUUGGUUCCAAGGGUAGUUCAACCCUGAAACGGCACUCAGCCCUCAAGGGUCCGUUAUAAUAAUAUGGCUCUAGGUCAAGUAUAGUAUAUUUUUAUUUCAAUUGUGAUAUGAAAAAAUAAUUAAGUUUCAAACUUGCCUGCAAGGAAUAUGACGCAACUAAAUUACUUUGCAUAGUAGGGAAAAUUGUGCCGAAAACGACAUACUUUUAUUAGAAAAUUAUUUUGUUGAAUUAUUACAACGUUAUUGGUUUAAAACAUUUAGACAUAUUUAUCAGUAAAGUUCACUAUAAUGUUACAAAUUAUAUAAAUUUAUGCAAGUGUGCAUUUUUUCAUUUUGCCCUGAUGUGUUGGGCAAAAUGACAUGGUCUAUGUCAUUAUGCCCAAAACAAUUUAAAAACGCUAAAUUGAACAGGAAAUAUUAUGUUUUGAUAAGUUUUAUUAACAGAUGUUGUUAUUAAGUACAUUGUUGCAUACUUUAAAAAUAUUUCUAUUACACUCAUUUACAUAAUUGGCAUCGUAUCAAGGUUUCUCCAAAUCGAGACCUUUUGUAUGUAUCAUUACAAAACAGACAUGCUGAAUCUUCAUCACUAUCUCCUUCUACUUCCGUUCACUAUCUCCUUCUACUUCCGUGUUUUGCUUUUCUCAUCGGAGUCAGUAUACGUUACCACAUUUCUUUCCCUUCCGGAUUUUCUCAGAGAUUGUUUUUUUUUUUCAACUAUUAUGACAAUUUUUCGCUUAGCCUUAUCUUUCUCACAUUUUUUAACUUCUUUUUGGUUUUUAAUGGACUCUUUAGCCUUAAUUUCUUCAAUGUAUGGACUCUUUGUCAACACCUUAGACACUUCAGAUCUUCUUUGACGUUUUUGUAAUUCGCUACUGUUUGAAGCUUCUGGAAGUGGUGAUAAUACAGUGAGACACUCGCUGAUACUAUUGUCAUUUCCUGGAUUUCCAUUUCUUUGAAUUCAUGAUUUUCAACUGUUCUUGAGUUUUUUCUUGUGGCUCACAUGACAUUCCGAAAUAUAAAAUGGUAUUUCAGCAAGAUUUAUGGUGGAUGGUUCUGCAUUACUGCUUCCAGCAACAGGAGAAAUCUUCGGAAAAAUCUCUGGUAGCACUAAAGAUACUCGGGAAAUAUAUUGGUGUUGCUUGGGUUGAUACCGGUAACAGUAAAAGUACUAAGUGCAUUGCCAUGUGUUGCAUAUUUUGAAUAUGCAGCAGAAAAUAAAGCGCUUAUUUGGUAUAAACAAACAGUCCUUCCUGGGUGAUUUUUGAGCCAUAAAUAAGGUUACUUCGCUGUUAUAGUACGACUCUAAGGGACCAAAAAAGGCCACGACGACUUAUGGCUGCAAUCGGUGGGUACAGUGAGGUGGCAGACAUAAAACGACAACCCCAUUUUCCUGGGCAUUCAGGACAGCUUUUAAAUUCUUGACUUGCAUGGCCAUCAACCAUUAAAAUCACUUUUUGCUCCUUGCUCGGCUUCACAUGUUUAACGAAGUGAUUAAUCCAAUGUUCAAAAAGUUCUGAUAUCAAAUAACUAGUCCCAUGACAGAGCUCCAGAGUUCCAGGUGGUGCCCCAUCGAAUAGUUCAGGUUUGUAAUUUUUUCGCUAAAAAAUCAACGCCGGAGGGAUGAAUUGCCACAAAGAGCCCACACAAGCAACUCCUAUUAUGUGAGCACUUCUCUCCGCAGUAGUCAAUGCUCCAACUUACUUCUUUCCUUUUUUCGCAAAUACCUUUGGAGGUUUUUACACUGUGGUAAGAGUCGAUUCGUCCAUAUUAUAAAGUCUUUCAGAAGGAAUAUUUUCAUUUUCCAUUACUUCUUGCAGUAAACAAGAAGAAAUUGUUAACCUGGACUUUAGUAAACGCACGAGCACGUGCAGAUGAAGUCGGCUCUGGUGACCGGAGAUUCCGCUGGCGAAAACCUUUGAGCCAAUCCCAUCCUGCGAUUUCGUUAGUCUUAUUAAAAGAGUAAUUGUAGUGCCUCAUUUCGGCUAAGUUGUACGCCAGUUUCCUCUUCGGUUGAUGAAAAACCAAACAAUCGUGAUUCAUAUUCAAGCAUGAACUUCUUAAGCUCCCUUCAGCUUCCUUCGGCAAAGUCUUUUUCGAACGGCUUAAACCUUUUCGCGCAUCAGUUACAAGUACAUUUUUUGCUGCACUCUUCUGCGUAAUGUAGCUUGAGGAUCAUUAAUCGUUUUAGCUGUAUUUAACCAGCCCAUCUUCUAUUUUCUAAUCGCUUCUAUAGCUCGAUUAUACUCACUUUGAUAUUACGACAAGCACUGACGAAGCGGCCGAUUUUUGCGGGUUAUGUAUUCGCAGAUUCUCUAGUGACCAUCUUAGGAACUGAAUACCAAAUGUGUCAUUUUGCCCUGGUAUGUCGUUUUUGGCACAAUUCUCCUAAUUGUAAAACGCAUUUUCGAUUGUGUAUUUUUUGUUUUUCAUGUACUUUUAUGAUGAAGCUUUUUUAUUCUAGCUGCGUUAUUUUGUUAAUAUUUAUUAUUCCAUUUUACGUUGAUUUUUUAUAACUUUUUUUAUGUAUGUAUUUAUAUUGUAUAAAGAACGUAGUUCAAUUAUUUUUUCUAAUUUCAUUUAGGUUUUAAUAAUAGCUUCAGCUAAUAGGUAUUAAAGUACAAACUAUGUGAUAUGAGAACUGUAUUUGUCACUUAUUGUCUUAGGAUAAAGACGCUUUUUCACAAUGUUUAAAGAAACGUUUGGUUUUGAGUAUAUAUAUAUAUAUAUAUAUAUA